AUGUUUGCCCAAAGGGUUUCUGCUGCCAGAUGGGCUUCUUCAAUGGGUCGCUCCUUCGCCCAAAGGAAAUCAGCUAUUAGAGCUAACAGUACCUCAACCAUUAAGCCAAAGCCAAAGAAGUCUUUCUUAGGUAAAGUUUGGAGAACAACUAAGUGGGGUUCUUUAUUUGCUGUUGUUGGUUCUGCUUCUUAUCUUUCCUACAAGGUGUACAAAGAAUCUCAUCCUCCAGCUCAAUUACCUCAAUUGCCUACUUUUGAAAAUGGUCAAGAAAGAAAGACCAUUGUCCUUUUGGGUUCUGGUUGGGGCUGUAUGUCUCUUUUGAAGAAUUUAGAUACUACUUUGUACAAUGUUGUUGUGGUUUCACCCAGAAACUACUUUUUGUUUACUCCUUUGUUACCUUCAGUUCCAACUGGUACUGUUGAAUUGAGAUCAAUUAUUGAACCUGUUAGAUCCAUUACAAGAAGAUGUCCAGGUGAAGUUAUUUAUUUGGAAGCUGAAGCCACUGAUAUCGACCCUUCUAAGAACGUCCUCACUAUUAAACAAUCUACUACUGUCCACUCAGGUCACUCUGGUAAGGAUACAUCAUCUUCCAAGUCUACUGUUUCUGAAUACACUGGUGUUGAGGAGAUCAUAACCACUUUACAUUACGAUUACUUAGUUGUUGGUGUUGGUGCGCAACCUUCAACUUUUAACAUUCCUGGUGUCGCUGAACACUCCACCUUUUUGAAGGAAGUUUCCGAUUCUAUCACUAUUAGAAAGAGAUUGAUGGAUGUUAUUGAAGCUGCCAACAUUUUACCAAAGGAUGACCCUGAAAGAAAGAGAUUGUUAUCUGUCGUUGUUUGUGGUGGUGGUCCAACUGGUGUCGAAGUUGCUGGUGAAAUUCAAGAUUACAUUGAUCAAGAUUUAAGAAAAUGGAUUCCUGAAGUUGCUGAAGAAUUGGAUGUUACUUUGAUUGAAGCCUUGCCAAAUGUGUUGAACAUGUUCAACAAGAAAUUGAUUGACUAUACCAAGGAAGUUUUUGAACAAACUAACAUUCACUUGAGAGCCAACACUAUGGUUAAGAAAGUUGAUGACAAGGUUGUUAUUUGUCAAGUUAAGGAUGCUAAAGACGGUUCUACUAAGACCAUUGAAGUUCCUUACGGUGUAUUAAUUUGGGCCACAGGUAAUGCUCCUAGAGAUAUUGUUCGUAACUUGACUACCAAGAUCAACGAGCAAAAGAAUGCUAGAAGAGGUUUGUUAAUUGACGAUAAGUUGUUGGUUGAUGGUACUAGCAACAUUCACGCUUUGGGUGAUUGUACUUUCUCCAAGUUUGCCCCAACUGCUCAAGUUGCUUUCCAAGAAGGUAUCUUCUUGGCAGGUCACUUUGAACGUUUGCACGAGAUUGACAGUAUCAAUUACACUUUACAACACCCAACUGCCAAUGAUAAUGUCGACCGUUUAUCCAAGAAGUUGGCGAAGUUGGAAUCUAAGUUGCCUCCAUUUGUUUACAAUCAUCAAGGUUCUCUUGCCUACAUUGGUUCCGAAAGAGCUGUUGCUGAUUUGGUUAUGGGUGAUUGGUCUAACAUCUCUGCUGGUGGUUCAUUAACCUUCUUGUUCUGGAGAUCUGCCUACAUUUACAUGUGUCUUUCUGUUAAGAACCAAAUCUUGGUUUGUUUGGAUUGGGCCAAGGUUGCCAUGUUUGGUAGAGACUGUUCUAAGGAGUAA